UCUGGUUUCCACCCAAACCUUCUCCCGUGGGUUGGACCGUCUUUCAAUUGUUCUGCUGCAUCUCUCUUUCCAUAUGACCCAUUGCGUCACCUUCCUGAUGAGACCAAACCAGAUCUUUUCUGCCUUUCUGAGCUGAUCAGGGAUGUUAGUCAAGAGGAGAAGUUGGAUGGGUUGCUUAGGGAAGGGGCUUGGGAAGAGGUUUGCUGGCAAGGGCGUUGACACCCAUCGUCAACAACACACACUGUCUGUUCAACAAACAUGCCUUCCAUCAGUUCAUGGCGAAUACAUCCUCGCAGCUCAUACCCCGUUUGAAAUUGGAUCUUGCUUGAGAGCUCCUGCGUAUACCGAUGAUCCUUACUAUGGGAGUCUGAUGCCAUGUAGUGGGACACCUGUGAGGGACCAGAUGAAUCUCGACUCUGGACUAUGGAGCCCAUAUGAAUGUGUGCAGCAGGAAGCUGAUCACAUUCAGCUUCCGCAGCUGAUGGGUCUGCACCAAACACGCAUGCCCUUGCCGUCAGAGAUGAUGGAAGAGGAGCCUGUUUACGUGAAUGCGAAGCAAUACCAUGGCAUUUUGCGGAGGCGGCAAUGCCGGGCGAAAUUGGAGUCAAGCAGGGUGUUCAGACCACGCAAGGAUCGUAACACUGCUGUGAAAGUGAUGCCAAUAAGACUCGGGCCCUGGGAGUGAGUUCUGGUCCUUCGAAGCCUACCCUCUCAUUCUUGAGUCUGUCCUCAUCACCCUCUCCUGGGGUUUCGCAAUUUGGAAAA